GCUCGGCGGUGCCGUCACGGAGCGCCGAGCGCGGCCAUGAGCGCGGUGCUGCUGCUGCUGCGGGCCCUGCGCGCCGCCCGGCCCCGGCCCCGGGCCGGCCCCUCAGCCCGCGGCCUGCGCACGGCCGCGCCCCGCCGCGCCUUCGCCAAGGAGCUGUUCCUCGGCUCCCUGCGCAAGGAAGAAGUUUUUCCUUAUCCAGAAAUUAGCAAUGAAGAACUGGCAGAAAUCAACCAGUUUGUGGGACCUGUUGAAAAGUUCUUCAAUGAAGAAGUGGACUCGAAGAAAAUCGAUCAAGAUGCAAAAAUCCCACCUGAAACCUUACAAGGACUGAAGGACCUGGGUCUCUUUGGCAUGCAGAUUCCAGAGGAAUAUGGUGGGCUGGGCCUGUCAAACACCAUGUAUGCACGUCUGGGAGAAAUCACUUCCCUGGAUGGCUCCAUUGCAGUGACCCUGGCAGCUCAUCAGGCCAUUGGGCUGAAGGGGAUCCUCAUAGCUGGCACCGAGGAGCAGAAGGCCAAGUACCUGCCCCGCCUGGCCUCGGGGGAGCACAUUGCUGCCUUCUGCCUCACCGAGCCUGGCAGUGGGAGUGAUGCUGCAUCCAUCCAGACAAGAGCAACCCUGAGUGAAGAUGGGAAGCACUUCCUGUUAAAUGGCUCCAAGGUCUGGAUCUCCAAUGGUGGCCUGGCCAGUAUUUUCACAGUGUUUGCCAGGACAGAGGUUGUGGACAAGGACGGGCAGGUGAAGGAUAAAAUCACUGCUUUCAUCGUAGAGCGGGACUUUGGCGGCGUCACCCACGGCAAGCCCGAGGAUAAACUGGGCAUUCGAGGCUCCAACACCUGUGAAGUACAUUUUGAAAACACCAAAGUGCCUAUAGAGAAUGUAAUUGGAGAAGUUGGAGGGGGAUUUAAGGUUGCCAUGAAUAUCCUCAACAGUGGAAGAUUUAGCAUGGGCAGUGCAUCUGCUGGAAUGAUUAAGAAGUUGAUAGAGCUGACAUCAGAGUAUGCUUGCACCAGGAAACAAUUCAAUAAGAAACUCAGUCAGUUUGGAUUAAUUCAGGAGAAGUUUUGUUUGAUGGCUGUGAAAGCCUACGUGAUGGAGAGCAUGGCUUACCUGACUGCAGGGAUGAUGGACAGGCCAGGCUUCCCUGACUGCUCCGUGGAGGCUGCCAUGGUCAAGGUGUUCAGCUCUGAAGGUGCCUGGGCCUGUGUGAGUGAGGCUCUGCAGAUCCUUGGAGGCCUUGGCUACAUGAAGGAUUAUCCCUACGAGCGCUACCUCAGGGACACCAGGAUCCUGCUCAUCUUUGAGGGAACCAAUGAAAUCCUGAGAAUGUACAUUGCACUGACAGGGAUGCAGCAUGCAGGGAAGAUCUUAACUGACAAAAUUAAAGCAAUCAAGAAAGGAAACGUGGGAGUGGCGCUGGGGGAGUUCCUGACCAGGUUACAGGAGAGCCUGGGCAAGAAGGUGGAUCUGGGGCUUGUAGGUGACCAUGGGGUGGUGCAUCCCAGCCUCCAGGUAAGGGCCUUUCUGCUGAGCUCUCAUGUUUGUUCCCUUUGCUGCUUGCCACAAUUUCAUCUCCUGUUUUGCAAACCAAAACGUGUGCUUAGGGGCAGUGAGAUUUUCCAGGGUAAGCAGAUGUUGGCACCAUGGCAGGGGUGGGAUGUUACAGUUAUUGUCCAGGUAUGA